GCACAUGCUCGGCCGGCCCUGACUUGGAGCCACAACUCAUUUCUUUUUAUGCUUAAAUAAUGGUUUUGUGUGAGAAUUUUAAUUUGAUGAAAUGGAGAAGGGAUCAGGAUCAGAGUACAAGGAGGCACUGUUGUUAAGUAACCUGCAGAAGAAGAAUUGUUACUAUGAAAACUGCCCAGGAUGUAAGGUGGAGCAGCAGAAGAGAUUGCAGAGGGGUUUACCAAUCAAGAACCUCAUCACAGUUUGGAUUAUUGUGCUUGCCACUGCACUUCCAAUAUCAUCCCUGUUUCCAUUCCUUUAUUUCAUGGUAAGGGAUUUCCAGAUUGCGAAGCGGGAAGAAGAUAUAGGUUUUUAUGCAGGUUAUAUUGGAUCAUCGUUUAUGGUAGGAAGAGCACUGACAUCUGUGUUCUGGGGAAUGGUGGCUGAUCGAUAUGGCCGGAAACCAGUCUUAGUAUUUGGCACCAUGGCAGUGGUUGUUCUCAACACUCUCUUUGGUUUGAGUGUAAAUUUCUGGAUGGCAAUCAUCACAAGAUUUCUUCUUGGAAGUUUGAAUGGCUUACUUGGACCAGUAAAGGCAUAUGCAGCAGAACUUUUCCAUGAAGAACACCAAGCCUUGGGAAUGUCAAUGAUUACCAUAUCAUGGGGUAUAGGCUUAGUUAUUGGUCCAUCUUUAGGAGGCUUUCUUUCACAGCCUGCAGAGAAAUACCCUUCUGUGUUCUCUCCAGACUCUUUAUUUGGGAGAUUUCCGUACCUCUUGCCGUGCUUAAUCAUUUCAUUCUUUGCACUGGUAGUAGCUAUUGGUUCGUUUUGGAUACCAGAAACAUUGCAUAAACAUGAUUCAGUUAGUGUUUCACCAUGUGACUCAAAUGAGGCGUUAGAGGCUGCAGCUCACCAUCAAGUUGAAACAGAAACUUCUUCCAAAGAAAGCCUUUUCAAGAACUGGCCAUUGAUUUCAUCCAUCAUUGUGUAUUGUGUCUUCUCUUUUCAUGAUAUGGCCUAUACAGAGAUAUUUUCAUUAUGGGCUGAGAGCCCAAGAAGGAUUGGAGGUUUAAGUUAUUCAUCUAAUGAUGUUGGGGUUGUUCUUGCUAUCUCAGGUUUUGGUCUGCUAGUCUUCCAAUCCUGCAUUUAUCCAUUUUUUGACAGGAAUUUGGGUCCAAGACUGAUAGCACGUGUUGGAGGACUGGUGUCAAUACCCCUCCUGACAAGUUACUCCUAUAUAGCAACAUUAUCUGGAAUUACCCUUUCACUGGUGCUUAACUGUGCAUCUGUCAUGAAGAAUAUUUUGUGUGUAUCAAUCGUAACUGCAAUGUUUAUGCUGCAAAAUAAGGCUGUGGAUCAAAACCAAAGAGGAGCAGCUAAUGGCCUUGCAAUGACAACAAUGUCAAUCUUCAAAGCCAUAGCUCCAGCAGGAGGGGGAACACUCUUUUCAUGGGCACAAACGCGUCAAGAUGCUGCAAUCCUUCCUGGUAGCCAGAUGGUUUUCUUUGUGUUGAAUGUGGUGGAGGCAAUCGGAGUGCUCCUCACAUUUAAGCCAUUUCUUGUUGAACGCCAAAGUGCCAAAUAGAUCAAUCACAUAAAUAAUGCUUUCCAAUUUAAUUAUUAGCUCUUUUCUUAUAUAUGUAUCACCGGAUGUAUGUUAUAAUCAUGUUUGACUUUUACACCCAAUGCAUAAUCAUGUAACACUUCACUUUUUUUAUUUGAGGAAAAUUGCGAAUUGUGAUA